GGAACCGACUAAACGGCGUACGGAAUUAGUGCAAUACUCCUUUCAAAGGAUGAGCCUUACGUAGGCACUUUAUUAUAAGAUAUUAUUAUAAGAUAUGAAACAGACAAAGAGAUAAGUUAAAAGAAGGAAAGCGAGGACAUUAGUUACUUAUAUCAUUACGAUGACGAGCUUAUGACUUGACUUCAGAUACCGGUAGCCGAAUCCUUUUGUCUCAUUAAGUCAGCUGUAUUAUCAAGUCAGCUGAGAGGCUUCGGGUGGCUUGUCUGUCUCCGAGCUUUAAUUAGAUAUCGAUUCUCGGAUCCGGCGGACGUUAAACCAGACAUUAUAUUAUCCCCGUGUGGUCGAAUCUUUACACCGAGGGAUUAUAAAUCAUGAGUGUAUAUAGGUACCUGUUUUUAUUUGCUAGGGCAUAUGAGAUGUUUCCUCAUAAAGGGCCCCAUCGAGAUAUAGAAGCAUGUAUAACUUGAGUUCAUCAUCAUAAUUCGUUAGUUUUAAGAUAUCUCGCCAUGUCCGCGAAAAACUCUAGGAAGGUUUCAAUCCGGCUACCCUCGGUACCGGAACCGUCAACCAAGCGGUACAGCAGACGAAUCUCAACUACGUUUGAUCCUGGCUCCGAGCUCGAUCUCCUAGUAAGAAACUCCGAUACCCUAAACCGCCCUCAUGAUCGGUCUGAAGACCGCUUCACGUUCCUCGAAAACGCAUCGGAAGAAGAUGUAACUACGAUCGGGCUGGGGAAGAAGGGAUCUGCAUAUCCGCAACACCAAUCCGACUCUUCGGAACAUGAUCUCUCGAGCGCAGAUGGAAAUCAACCAUCCAGGGAAGGUGACGAAGCGGCAUCGCAGAAAGAGGUCUACCCAGGUCUGGCGCUGCCGCUAUGGCGCGAAGUCGCUUUUAUCAUCGUCAUCUGCCUAUCCAUGUUCACGACGCAAUUAGGCUUAGGACAAGUGCUGCUGUUGCUCCCGGCUAUCGGGCGAAGCUUCAAUGUCUCGAAUGCCGGCGACUUAAGCUGGCUUGUGGCUGGCUACAGCCUGACGGUCGGGACUUUCAUCCUCGUCUCGGGCCGGCUUGGCGACAUCUACGGCUACAAACGCAUGCUGUGCAUAGGGUACGCGUGGUUCGCCGUCUGGAGCCUGAUCUCCGGCCUUAGCAUCUACAACAAGGAAAACGGCUUUGUCAUGUUUGUGUUCGCGCGUGUGCUGUCGGGUAUCGGCCCUGCCAUCACGAUGCCGAAUGGACUCGCUAUCUUCGGUGCGGCCUACCCAGACGGCAUGCGAAAGGCUAUGGCGUUUGCGCUCUUUGGCGCCUGUGCGCCCUCGGGCUCCAUCGUCGGUGCGACGUUCUCGGCGCUGUUCGAUCUCGCGUGGUGGCCGUGGACCUUUUUCUCCUUCUCUAUUGUACUGGCCAUCCUGGCCGUCCUCGUUGUCAUCUUCGUUCCGUCGAUUCCGCGUGCCCGCGCCCCGCCGACCACGUUGGCGGAGAUAAUUCGGGCCCUCGACCUGCUUGGCGGCGUCGUAGGCGUCACGUCGCUUGUGCUCAUCAAUUUCGCGUGGAACCAAGCCGUAGUAGUCGGUUGGAGACACGAUCGAGAUUAUGUAUAUAUCUGUCUUCUGCUCGGCAUAAUCCUACUCCCUUGCUUUUUUAUCAUCGAGACCAAAGUCGCCAGCGAACCACUCAUCCCUUUUGCAGCCCUGACUAGCGACGUCGGCUUCGUCAUGGCGUGUAUAGCCUGCGGCUGGGGCUGUUUCGGUAUCUGGCUCUUCUACCUUCUUGAGUUUUAUGCGAAUCUACGACACGGCAGUCCCCUUCAGAUCUCGGCAUGGUUCAGUCCCAUUCCCGCAUCAGGCUUUGCCGCAUCUAUCACCACUGGUAUUAUCCUGGGGAAAGUAAGAUCAAGCAUCGUUAUGGUCAUGUCAAUGACGUUUUUUUUGGUCGGAGUUAUUCUUGUAGCCGUGGCCCCCGUGGAACAAACCUAUUGGGCCCAGACCUUUGUCUGCAGUCUCAUCAUACCGUGGGGUAUGGACAUGUCGUUCCCGGCCGGGACCAUCAUUAUGUCGGCGUCUCUUCCUAAGCAACAUCAAGGCGUGGCGGCGAGUUUAAUCAAUACUGUUGUCAAUUACAGCGUAUCACUUGGGCUUGGGUUCGCCGGCACGGUCGAGAUGGAAGUCGACCAUGGUGGACUCACAGAGGCGGAUGAUUUACUCAGAGGUUACAGAGGAGCGCUGUACCUGGGUAUUGGACUGGCAGGUCUCGGUCUUGCCAUUAGCCUUAUUUUUGCUGCCAAGCAGGAGUGGAACGACCGGGAGAGUAGAAGGAAGAGAAGAUCGGCAAGCUUGAAGCUGCCAGAUAAGUGAUAUUGGAAAUGAGAAAUCCCAUUUGCAUCUUAAUUUUGUCUUAUUUUUUGCAACUUAGUAGCAAACAACUAACAAGCACUCACUUGUUCCCAAAUCGCCACUUUACCAAAUAUAUUUCAAUAAAUAUUACAGUAGAGCAGUAAGAUGCCCCGGCCGCCAACUGGUUGACU